AAAGAAUUGCUAUUUGCAUUGCGGGUUUUAAACUUUAGUAUUUGACAAGUACAUUUUCUUAAAUACUGACCGCAGCAAGGCUGUGUACGAGCCAUGGAAAAUGAAGCUAACGGUACCGAAAAAGUCAUUAAGUAGGGGGCGUGGGGGCCAUGUAGUUUUUAAUUAAAAAAAAAAAACAUGAACACCUGGUUUAAUUACUGCCUUACCUUAGGGAUACGUUUAAAGCACAUAGCAUAUAGGGACGCUAUUGGAUUUUUAGGUGUCCUAUGUAUAGAUUAGAUUUAUUGUUAUGGUUGAUCAUAUUAAACAUUAUUUUGGCCUCUGAGCCUAUGGCUAGGGUUAUAGCUCCAUAUGCACUGACUGUUAGAUCUCAAGCACACGUCGUCCAAUAAAAAACAAGGGAUUAUAGAGCCACACGUUCAGUAACAUGUAAAAGGGGGGCUUACUCUAUUUAUUGUUGCUGCCAGUGUGUCAACUUUUGGGGUAUGUAAUCCUCACUUUAUUUAGUCCUCAAAACAUUGGUGAACUGGUGCUGAGUACUGAUCCGCUCCAAUUUCUGAAACCGAGCCAGCAACCGAACAGGGUGCCGGUAAUGCUGUAUACUCAUGGCCUACAGCAAACCGCAAAACGCAUUGUGCCCCUGUACUAGAAGAGGCUUUUCCUUUUAGCUCCGCCUCCUUCUUCGAGCCCUCCUCCUCACGGAAGUGGUGACAGCAUGGCUGCAGCCUGUCCUGCUGAUUGCAGUGAGCUAGAGAGAAAAGAUAGCAGGGACUGCAUUUUGGAGCCUUUAUCUUUGCCAGAAAGUCCAAGUACUGUUUCAACUCCCCAAGGAGAGCAGACUCUGCCAUGUAUUUUCUGUGAACAGUCUUACAAUGAAGAUGAGAAGGAAGGACUUUUAAAACACAUGAUAAUUGAGCACAAACUUGUCAUAGCUGAUGUGAAAUUAAUUGCAAACUUUAGAAGGUACAUUUUUUAUUGGAAGAAAAGGUUUUCUGAACAACCAAUUACUGAAUUCUGUUCUGUAAUCAGAACCAACUCUGAAGCGCCAGUAGAACAGCAAGAAAACUUCUUCCUUCUGUGUGAUGUUUUGCCAGAAGAUAGAGUUUUGCGUGAAGAGCUUCAGCAAGAGAGAUUAAGAGAAAUUUUGGAACAGCAGCAACAUGAAAGAAAUGACACAACUUUACAGAGAUUGUGCAUGUUUUGCAAUGAAGAAUUUAAAGGAAACAGAUCAGUUAUUUUUAAUCAUAUGAAUGAAGAGCAUUCCUUCAAUGUGGGCUUGCCAGAUAAUAUUGUAUAUUGCAAUGAAUUUUUGGAUGCAUUACAGAAGAAAAUGGACAGCUUGCAGUGUUUGUACUGUGAAAAAAGUUUCCGAGACACAAACACAUUAAAGGACCAUAUGAGGAAGAAGCAGCAUCGAAGAAUUAAUGCCAAGAACCAUGAGUAUGACCGGUUCUAUAUAAUUAACUAUUUGGAACUUGGGAAGAGUUGGGAAGAAGUACAGUCAGAAGAUGAUCGGGAUUUAGUUGACAGUAAAACAGAAGAUUGGUCUGAUUGGGAAGAAAAUCCCAUCUCUGCUGUUUGUCUCUUCUGUGAGAAUCAGGAAGAUACAACAGAAAAGUUACUUUGUCACAUGAAAGACAGUCAUCAGUUUGACCUCCUUAAAAUAAAGCUUAAUCUUGGGCUGAACUUUUAUCAGCAAGUCAAAUUAGUAAACUUUAUUAGAAGGCAAAUGCAUCAGUGUCGCUGCCAUGGCUGCCAAGGCAAGUUCCAGUCGAUGGCAGAAUUAACGGUGCACUUGGAAAAAGAAGGACACUUUGGAACACUGCCAGAGAGAUCUCUCUGGGAUCAACCACAGUACUACUUCCCCACAUAUGAAAAUGAUUCUCUCCUGUGCACCUUGUCUGACAGUGAAGGAGACAUAGCAGAGGAGCAGCAGCAGCAUGACAACAUUCCUGUUAUUGGAGAGGAUCUUUCCAGUCUUGAAGCUCUAAAACAGACCAGUGUAUUAAAUCAGCUAUUGUAUGCUCAAACCCAAAGACGCUAAAUAUACUAAUAUAAUUCUCUGAA